AUGGCCGCGUCCGGAUCUUCAUCUGAGCACACUUGUGCACUCUCAAGAGUCGUCCUUCCUACGUUCAAACAGCCCGCAGAUUUUGAACGUUACUCGACGACUCAUUGGGUCUGUCGCGUCUGCAUGCGCGACAGCCUCAAGCACCAAUUUCUUAUGACACCCAAGAUGGCCGUUCACCACGAGAAGAGUGCUUAUCAUCGUUACAACACCAGAUCAGCCCACUAUCAGCUCAGAGUCUUUUCAGAGGAAGAGAAUACGGCUUGGGAAGGCCCCAGCGCAGUCGAUGAGACGUUCGGCUGGCUACGCGAACGCGAGCUGCAGCAAUACCAUGCUCGCAAGGGGGAAGAAUGGGUCAAGCAAAACUCGGAUUGGGAUCAAUACAAUCCAGAUGAAGACGAGUUCCUUCAUCCGAACAAGUCUUCAAAGCCUCUUCGGGGAAGGAACGGUGCGAGAACGUAUGGUACUACAAGAGGGAGAGUCAAGAAUGCCGGAUACGGAAAGAAGGAGGACGAUUUGGACACUGUCAGAGUCAUCCGAAAGGGCCUUGGAUUCCGAAUGGAUGAUCCACUCCCAAAGCCCGAGGUCAAUAUCAAGAAAUGGGCAGCGGGUCUGUCCGAAGCGUCGAAAGCACGCAAAGAUCACGCUCCCUACAUCGAUUGGAAAAAAGAGGCUGCCGUAUUUAACGAGGACGACGAGGAGAUACCGCUUCCUGUCAAAGUCACGGACAAGUUACUUCACUUCGGCUUGGAAUUUGCACAGCGGGCACGCCUUGUCCCUAAGAAGCGGGAAAGAAUGCACCUCUUCUUGGAGCUCCCUACCCAGGAGAAAAUACGGCGCAUUGAAUUGCUCGCCAUGAGGCUAUCUGAGCCAUCUGAGUGGCCAAAGGUCAUCGAUGAGCCUCAGUUUUGGAAGUAG